AUGGCUUCUCGGGAAGAUUUGGAUCAGUUGAAGGUCGAACUGGAUGAUGCGGUCGCGCGUAUUGCGGAAUUGCAGAUCCAUGAUCAGGUUGAUGCCACUCGUUUAGGCAAGAUUCCAAAAUUUUAUGUGGAGGAUCCGAGCUUAUGGUUUAUUCAAGUCGAAGCUGUUUUUGCGAACGGGAGAAUCACGAGUGAUAAAACUAAAUCUAAUCACGUUAUUGCACAGUUGGAUGCGGAUGUUAUAAUAUGCAUUCGCGAUUUAAUCAUCAUAAACCCUCGUCCUGAGAAUCUUUAUGAUCGGAUUAAGGCGCGAAUAAUUCGUCAUUUUUCUGUUUCUUCUGAAGCACGUUUGCGGCAGUUACUUAAGGGUGAUGUUUCUUCUGCAGGGAAACCAUCACAAAUCCUUAGCAGGUUAAAUAAUUUGAAUGAUAAUCGGUGCGGUACCGAUAUCAUUCGUUCUAUUUUUCUGGAUCAAUUGCCAGUUCAACAUCGUGCUAUAUUAGUUGCGUCUCAAAUCGAGGAUCUUUCUAAUCUCGCCGUUAUGGCUGAUAAGAUCUUCGAAACUGUCGAGCUGACAACCGUAAAUGUUGCUUCAACUAUGGUUGAAGAUGCGCAUACUUCAGACCUUAUGAAAAGAAUUGACUCGUUGACCGCGCAAGUAUCUUCUUUAAAACGUGAAUCUCGUUCUCGCGACAAUUAUUCUAAUAACAGAUCUCGAUCUAAAUCAAAGGGAAGAGCUCGUUCUAAACCUUCGAAUCCGAAUGAAAGAUGUUUUUAUCAUAAAAAGUUUGGAAAGAAGGCGAGAGAUUGUAGAAAGCCUUGCUCUUGGGUUGAUUAUUCCAAGGAGAACGGAAAUGAUAAUAAAAAGGAGGUUAAGGAAAACUAA